AUGCGGAGGCUCCUCCGCCCAUUUCAAUCAAUCUUCAUGAAUAUCAUCGCCUGGAAUGUCCGUGGUUUGACGGACGAAUCCAAGCGGUUACUUAAGGAGCAUUGUAGCUCCUUUUCUCCUAUUAUCUUGGGUUUGAUUGAACCUAAGAAGGCGUUUCGUAAGGUGAGGCAAAGCUACUGGAAUUCUUUAAAUAUGGUGCCUAUUCAUCAAAAUUGUCGUGCAUCUAAAAGUUCGAACAUUUGGGUUCUUGCUCACCCUGAUGUGAUUGCAACCAUGGUUUUUUCCUCUGACCAAUCUGUGAUCGUUGAUUGUAUUUGGCAAACUUACAACUUCCGUGUAGCUAUUAUACACGGAGCCAAUGACCAGAUCCUCCGCCGUCAACUUUGGCAUGAUCUUCUCCAUUUCACGUCGGGUAAUACUGUCUUUAUUGGUGAUUUUAACGCAGUAAAAGGUUCUAAUGAGAGGAUCAGUUCUAGGUCCCCUUCAAGAAGCUCCUGCUUGGAUUUCUGCGCUUUCAUUGAUGAUUCCCAAUUCAUUGAAUCUCCGACUGAAGGGAUUCGCUUUACCUGGUCUGGACGUCGGUUUCUUCCCUGUCAUGUUGAAUCUAUCCUUGAUAGAGCUUUUUUUUCAAAGGGUUUUGUUGAUUUAUGCGAUUCUAUUGUUACCACGGCGCUUCCGAGGCUCACCUCUGAUCAUUCUCCGUUAGUUCUGCAGUGCCGUCAUGUUACUCCCUCUGGCAUAAGACACUUCAGAUUUCUGAAUAUGUGGACCCUUCAUCCUUCGUUCUUAGAUAUGGUGAAGAAUUCGUGGACGGUUGCUGUUCACACUAGAUGCCCUAUUCUGUGUGUUAUGUUGAAACUCAAGAAGCUGUGUUAUGAUAUUAAGGUCUGGAAUAAAGAUGUUUUUGGCAACGUGGAUAAUUCGAUUGGUGAAUUUCAGAAUCAUUUGGCGGUCACCCAGAACCAGAUUUCUGAAAAUGGAUAUAAUGAUGAGCUUUUCGAUGAGGAGAUUCGUUUGCAAGCUGAGCUUAAUGUUGUGCUUUCUAGAAAAAAUAAUUUUCUCCAACAGAAAAGCCGUGCCUCGUGGUUGCAAGAUGGGGAUAGAAAUACGACUUUCUUUCACAGAAUGAUAAAAUUCAAACGGAGGAAUACUUUGAUUACUCGCUUGAAUAUUGAUGGUGUGGAUGUCUAUGAUCCGAGUAUUAUUGAGCAGCAUAUCAUCGGGCACUUCUCGGCUCUUUUCAUGGAUGAUGGAAGCCCGAGCGCUGACCCUCUGGAGAUUGAGGCGCUUAUUGAUGUGGCGGUUUCGGAUGCUCAGAAUAAUUUUUUGGUCAGUAUUCCUGAGGAGAGUGAGAUUGCGGCGGAGGUCUUUGGCAUGGACGCUAAUAGUGCCCCUGGGCCUGAUGGUUUCUCUGGUUCCUUCUUUCAAACUUGCUGGGAAAUUAUUAAGACGGAUGUUGUAAGUGUUGUUCAAACUUUUUUCCGGUCUUCUUAUUUACCUACUGGUUGCAAUUCCAGUACAAUGAUUCUUAUUCCAAAGAAGAAGGAGGUUUCAACUGUUGCUGAUUUGAGGCCCAUCGUUCUGUCGAACUUCUUCUUUAAAAUCAUCUCCAAAAUCUUGGCGUCAAGGCUUAGCAGGAUUGCGUCCACUCAUAUCUCUAAUAACCAAUUUGGUUUCAUUAGUGGUCGCAACAUCCAUGAUUGCAUUAUGCUCAGCUCUGAGGGAUUCAACUCGAUGCAACGUACGAAUCGGGGUUCAAAUAUGGCUUGCAAAAUUGACAUUCGUAAGGCUUUUGACACCAUUCGCUGGGAGUUCAUUAUGCAAGUUUUGAGAGCGAAUGGAUAUCAUGAGAAGUUCAUCAAUUGGAUUUGGAUCAUUUUUAGCUCUGCCCGGGUCUCCAUUCUUUACAAUGGUCAGCUUUCGGGGUACUUCUCUUGUUCUCGUGGGGUUAGGCAGGGUGAUCCGUUGUCGCCGAUUUUAUUUGGGAUUGCGGAAGACGUCCUGAGUCACCUUAUCAGCAGUUGUGUGGAAUCGAGACACCUUAGUCCGAUGGGUUUCAGCCGGUCAACUAAUUUUCCAACACACUUAUUUUAUGCUGAUGAUAUUAUCCUUUUUACCACUGCUACGGUUCGUAAUGCUCGCAAGAUCAAGGAUAUUCUUAAUUAUUAUGGUUCGAUUUUUGGUCAGGUUUGCAGUCAGGAGAAAUCGAAUCUCUACUUUGCUAGGGGCGUGACUACGGAUAGGAGAAGGGCUAUUCAGCGUGUCAUGGGUUUCUCUGUGGGGAAUCUUCCGAUGACGUAUCUGGGAGUUCCUAUAUUUGUUGGUCGUCCGAAGGCCUCGUAUCUCAUGCCGAUCUUUGAUAAAAUUGUCCAAAAAUUUGCAAGGUGGAAAGGUCUUCAACUGUCUAUCGCAGGCCGUUUAUGUUUGGUGAGGUCUGUGAUUCAGAGUUCGAUUGUGCAUUCGAUGAUGGUUUAUAAAUGGCCUAAAUCGUUAUUGCAUUCGCUUGACCGUAAAUGUCGUAAUUUCAUUUGGACGGGCAGCAUUGAUCAGCAACCGCGUUGUUCACUGGCAUGGAAGAUGAUAAAAGGUGAUGAUUGGGCUCAUCGGAUUUUGAGGUCCAGAUAUCUCACGACCUUCAGCUAUGCUAAGCAAAAUAUUGCUAAUUCGACCGUUUGGCUCGGCGUGAAACAGGAGAUUAAUCCCUUGGUGGUUGAUUCUUACUCUUGCAUAAACAAUGGUGCUAAUUCAUAUUUUUGGAAGGAUGAUUGGUUGGGUUAUAUUUUGGUGGAUAAACUCAAAAUUCCUCACUACAUGCAUGAUUAUCUCCAUUUCUCUGUGAAAGAUUACUACUAUGAUGGUCUGUGGCAUUUCUCGGCUUCGUUUGUGAAUUAUUUUCCUGAGGUGGUGGCUGAUAUUUUAUUGAUUCCUAUAAGCGAGGAAAAAGAUUCCAGAUUUUGGAAGCAUUCGCUCAAGGGGGACGUCUCGGCGGCUUCAGCCUUCUCCAAGAAUUGUCAUCGUUACACUAUGGUGAAAUGGGGGACAUGGAUUUGGGAACCGUACAUACCGAUUCGUCGUUCGAUUUUAUGCUGGAGGAUUCUUCAUGGGCGUCUUCCAACCUUGGAUACUCUUGUUAGACAAGGUAUGGUCACUCCUAAUGGUUGCCCCUUUUGCUAUAUGGAUGCUGAAACCAUUGAACAUAUCAUGUGGAGCUGUCCUCGGAUUAGUUACGUUUGGGAAACGUUUCUGCUCUGGUUUCAUAAAACGGAACUGUUAAGUUGCUUGGAUAUUCACACUUUUUUAGUGCUAGCUUGGAAUGCUUGCUUCAGCCCCCAAAUUUUGGCUUUUUGGAAAGCAGGCAUUAUUUCGAUCCUGUGGAAGAUAUGGGACUGUAGGAAUGCAUUUGUUUUCGAUGAUCUCCGUUUUGAGGCUCGGUCGAUUCUUGCUUUUGUUAAAGCUUAUUUUAAAGAGAUGGAUUCUAAUUUCUCAAGGCUUGGUACCAUCAAGAAUACUUGGACUGACUACGUGAUUGUUAGAAGUCUUGGAAUUAGCAGUCGAGCUGCUCCUCCCCCUCGCAUGGUGGAGGUUUAUUGGUGGCCUCCGGUGACUCAUUGGAUUAAGGUCAACAUCGAUGGCUCUGCUAAAGGGGCUCCUGGUCGUAUUGCCGCGGGAGGAGUUUUUAGGGAUAAUUUUGCUUCUGUCCGUGGCUGUUUUCACAUCAAGGGUGGUAGUGGGUUUGCUUUUGAAGCUGAACUUCUCGCGGUUAUUACUGCUAUUAAUAUUGCUCAUGAUCGUGGCUGGCUUCAUCUUUGGGUUGAGUCCGAUUCGAUGUAUGUGGUGCGGUUGUUGGAGAAUCGCUCCACAGAUGUUCCCUGGCGUUUCUUAGCUUCCUGGAAGCAGGUUCUGCGUCGUCUUCAUGGUUUUUCUUUGAUUGUUACUCACAUCUUUCGGGAAGGAAAUCACCCCGCGGACAUAAUGGCCAAUGAUGAUAGACAAGAGGGUUGGAUGCUUUUUGUGAUAGGUGCGGCUGCUUCGUUGGGGUUUCGGUUGUCUGCUGGUGUUGGGAUGGUUUUGCAGGAGAGUGGGGGAGUUCUGGUGUUAGGGUCGGGGUGUCAGCGGUGUCUUUUUUCAGUGCUCGGGUGUGAGGCUUACGCCUCAAACCGCCCCGAGGCUUACCGCCUUGCCUCGACGAGGCAAAACGCCUCAAUCUCGCCUUAA